AUUCUACUUAAUGUUGCUUUGCCCCCCAAAUUUAUGUAUAAGAAAAUUUCAAAAUAGGGCAUUUUGAGAACCAGAAAUCAAUUAGUAUCAAAUAUAUCAUAUGCUAAAGCGCUAUAAUUGUGUUAAUGACUUUACAAUUCAUAUAUUUGAUACUCACGUUCAACAACAUAAAUGAAAUGAAUGAAGAAUAGAGUCUCCUUGAUAACUUAGAUUGUAUGGAGAAAUACGGAAUAGACUUAAAUAACUUGAGGAUAUAUAAUGUGCUCGUAUUUGAAUGCUACAUACCGGUUCUUGCAUAUUUCGUGUUGACUUUAUUUUGCUGUCAACUAUGUCAUGUUGAUAAGAAGUAAAUAAAUUCAAUAAGAAUUAGACUCACAGGGUACAGAAAUAGAUUGAUAAAGCAAUCCUUUAAGUUAAGACUCAUUAUAAGAAUAAUUUUUGAAUUGAUAAUUGCUAUUAUUCUUAUUUUAUAGUUUAUAGAGGUAAUAAAUGUUAAUUAAUCCAUUAUCGAUGCUUGUUAUACUAAUUAGUUGAUUUAUCAAUUUGAUGUGAAGUUAUUUUACCCUUGCAUCAUAAAUUUGAUGGUAUUUUUGCUUUUGGUCGCAUUUGAUAACACCUGCUAUUUUAUUAUUGUUUGCUACACCAAUGACUUCUAUUGGGGAUGCUAUCAUGAUGAGGAACUUCCUAUUAUAAGUGUUGUCGAGACAUAAUCGUUUAGUUUUGCAAAGAAUAGUGUAGAAAGCUCAACUGAUUAAUAAAGUAUUUAAUUUAAGGAUUAAAUUAGAAAGUCAAGAAGAGAAUCCCUCUCCUUAUUUCGGUAUCUGA